AUGGCGUUCUAUCAAAGAGCUUCUCCGGUUAAUUCUCUUCGAUAUACAACUCCUUACCUCGCCUUUCCAUCGCGCGGUGAGUCCUGGGAGAGCUUUCGUUCAAGGCUCACACAUGCCCAUCCAGACAACAGCGAUGUUAAAGUGCAGGAGAAAAAGCAAGCUACCCGUCAUACACAGCAAUAUUGGACCACGACAGAUGAUGGCAGCUGGUCAAGACACAUUGCAGACAAGGCGCCAUUCACGCUCUGGGACAACUCACAACAAGAUUUUCGCUACCCUACAAGUUCCGAGAAACAAUGGAUACUAGACACAUUCUCUGCAACUGGGCUAACUAUCUCAUGGCCAGAAAUCUUUAUCGAGACGCGUUCGCCCCCAGUUCCGGUGCCUUUAACGGUAGCUUGUGUCCCAUGUCUUUUUGUCCCACCAGACCACCCAGUGAACCCGCUAUCGGCAGAUAUCAGCUAUUGUAACCCGAGACUACCUGAUCCUAUCCCUGUGAAAUUCCAUUAUAGUAAAUGGGGCAAACCAUCAAAAGAGGAGUACCAAGUGGUAUUCCAUAAGCUCAAGGAUAUGAUGAAUAUUAAGUCAAUCAGCUUUGUUCAUUCUAUAAUUAUAGUUGAACUUGGAGCUGAUGAUGGACGGGUGUACGAAAUGAGAUCGCUCCCAGGGAGAGUCGCGAAUCAUCUCACAUUAUACCACCAUAGCCAAACACCUUUCUGGGACCUUAAGGUCCAAGGGCGAGAGCGCGUGAUUAAACCAACCGCCAGUCUCCAUGAUAUGACAAAUUAUCUUUCAACAGAACUACACAGCUUAUGUCCUGGCGUUAGAGUAGAAAGUGGUACAACCUCUAUAGACGGAGGUUACGUUGAUACAACAAUAGCCACAACAGCAGGUGUAUUACUUAGAUCCUCUGAAGGCUCCAGAUUAACAGUAUCAAAUCAUGGUUUCCCGUACUCCGAUGACGUGUACCAUCCUUCAUUAUUCCCCGAUGGACUCUGUAUAGGACAAAUAAGUGAACGUUUUACAGCUCUCGAUGUCGCCUUAGUCAAACUUCAUCCGUCGACAUCAUUUACAAAUAACGAAUACUUUGAGUCUCAACAACCUAAGAGACUUCUUCGCUCCAGCGAGGUACCAAUCAAUACCUGGUGUACACUUGAUGGAAUGGCAAGUGGUUUGGUAUUUUUGAGAGUCGCUGGGAUUCAACUUUUCCCUUUUCCCCAGGUUCCGGGCAUUGAAGUUGAGUUUACCCGCUUCCAAACAGAAAAUAUAUACCGAUAUAUUGGUCCCGCCGGAAUGGAGGUUUGUUCCGGAAUAUGCGGUUCGCCUAUAGUGAUUGACGAAGAUGAAAGUGGAGGGGUGGUGGGCUUUUUUCAAAUAGGAAAGCGAGGUGCAGACUGGGCGUUAGCACCAUAUCUGGAUGAGAUAAUAGAUAGAGGAUGGACAGUUGUGUAG